CGUCCAGAAGCCCGCGACGGAAGGACCUGUUUCAACAGCCACCGCUGAGGUCGGCGGCCGGGGGGGAGGUAAGGGGCUCAGAGAGGCAAACGUUCCCGCCCGGAGCCAAGUUCCCCGCUGCUCUCGCGGGCCACCUCGUUUUCCUUCCCCCACUGGCCGCGACUCGGAGGGUUCCGUUCCGCGGCGGGGGCGCGGCCGGGGACUGGGCUGCGAGUGGGCUGCGGCAGGCGGGUCGGAUAGAGUUCGCGGCCGGCCCCGAGGCCGCCUCACGACAGCCCGAAGGCAAAAAAGGCUCGGCGGGGGCAUCGUCGCCCCACGCCCGGAACUGAGUUCCCCGCUUCUCCCGCGAGGCCGCCAGAGACCCGCGAGCGUCGGGAGCGCUACGGGCCUGGUCAAGGCGGGGCAGCCAUAGCGCCAGCCCCUGUCUCCGCCUCCGCGCCUUUCAGCAGUAAGAAACACUAGUUGGCUUGCUUUCCAAUCAUAGUUUGGUUCUGUCAUUUAAAAAAGUCCCUACCUCGUAACGCCGGGCUGCAUCUCGAGAACUGACCGAGGCUGUGAGUGCUUGGGAACCGGGCCCGCUCGGCGGCCGCAGCCCGGGCGUCCCACCUCCUUGCAGCAGGUCGGACGCCGAGGCCCCGGAGCAACGUGGAGAUGAGGAGCAGGAGCAAUUCCGGGGUCCGCUUAGACGGAUACGCGCGGCUGGUGCAGCAAACAAUCCUGUGUUACCAGAACCCUGUCACGGGGCUGUUGUCAGCCAGUCAUGAGCAGAAGGACGCGUGGGUGCGGGAUAACGUCUACAGCAUCCUGGCCGUGUGGGGCCUGGGCAUGGCCUACCGCAAGAAUGCUGACCGCGAUGAGGACAAGGCCAAGGCCUACGAGUUGGAGCAGAAUGUGGUGAAACUGAUGCGGGGUCUUCUCCAGUGCAUGAUGAGACAGGUGAAUAAAGUGGAGAGGUUCAAGCACACUCAGAGUACCAAGGACAGCCUGCAUGCCAAGUACGACACCGCCACCUGCAGCACCGUGGUGGGCGACGACCAGUGGGGCCACCUCCAGGUGGAUGCCACCUCCCUCUUCCUCCUGUUUCUGGCCCAGAUGACUGCCUCAGGCUUACGUAUUAUUUUCACUCUUGACGAGGUGGCCUUCAUACAGAAUCUUGUUUUUUACAUAGAAGCUGCAUAUAAAGUCGCUGAUUAUGGAAUGUGGGAACGUGGAGAUAAGACCAAUCAGGGCAUUCCAGAACUGAAUGCAAGCUCUGUAGGAAUGGCCAAGGCAGCCCUAGAGGCAAUUGACGAACUGGACCUUUUUGGAGCCCAUGGAGGUCGCAAGUCUGUGAUCCACGUUCUGCCCGAUGAGGUUGAACACUGCCAGUCUAUUCUGUUCUCCAUGCUGCCAAGAGCAUCGACAUCUAAAGAGAUUGAUGCUGGGCUUCUUUCCAUUAUUUCUUUCCCGGCCUUUGCAGUGGAAGAUGUGAACCUUGUGAAUGUGACCAAAAAUGAAAUUAUUUCCAAGCUCCAGGGGCGUUAUGGAUGCUGUCGCUUCCUUCGAGAUGGUUAUAAAACCCCAAGAGAGGACCCAAACCGAUUGCAUUAUGACCCUGCUGAACUCAAGCUCUUUGAAAACAUUGAAUGUGAAUGGCCUGUGUUCUGGACUUAUUUCAUAAUAGAUGGGGUCUUCAGCGGUGAUGCUGUUCAGGUCCAAGAAUACCGAGAGGCCCUGGAGGGAAUAUUAAUCAGAGGCAAGAACGGGAUCCACCUGGUGCCUGAACUCUACGCUGUCCCGCCUAACAAGGUAGAUGAAGAGUAUAAGAAUCCUCACACGGUGGACAGAGUUCCUCUGGGGAAGGUGCCCCAUCUGUGGGGUCAGUCCUUGUACAUCCUCAGCUCCCUUUUGGCAGAGGGAUUCCUUGCCACUGGUGAAAUUGAUCCCUUAAAUAGAAGAUUUUCCACUUCUGUCAAACCUGAUGUCGUAGUACAAGUGACUGUUCUGGCAGAAAACAACCACAUUAAGGAGUUGCUGAGGAAACACGGGGUGAGCAUCCAGAGUAUUGCCGACAUUCAUCCAAUCCGAGUCCAGCCAGGCCGGAUUCUUAGUCACAUAUAUGCCAAGCUUGGACGGAAUAAGAAUAUGAAAUUGAGUGGGCGACCAUAUCGGCACAUUGGUGUCCUUGGAACAUCUAAACUAUAUGUGAUUAGGAACCAAAUCUUUACUUUCACACCCCAGUUCACUGACCAGCAUCACUUCUACCUGGCCCUGGACAAUGAGAUGAUCGUGGAGAUGCUGAGGAUCGAGCUAGCCUACCUGUGCACCUGCUGGCGGAUGACGGGCAGACCCACGCUCACCUUCCCCAUCACCCAUACCAUGCUCACAAACGAUGGCUCAGAUAUUCAUUCUGCUGUUCUUUCUACAAUUCGAAAACUAGAGGAUGGAUAUUUUGGAGGAGCUAGAGUAAAAUUAGGGAGUCUUUCGGAAUUUCUCACCACCUCUUUCUACACGUAUUUGACCUUCCUGGAUCCAGACUGUGAUGAGAAGUUGUUUGACGAUACCAGUGAAGGGAGCUUCAGUCCUGAUAGUGAUUCAGAUUUGGGAGGAUAUUUGGAAGACACCUAUAAUCAAGAAAGCCAGGAUGAACUUGACCAGUAUAUCAACCAACUCCUGCAAAGCACAUCCUCGAAGUGCUAUCUGCCACCUCUUUGUAAGAAGACAGAGGACAGCCAUGUUUUCAGUGCCAUCUACUCCACUCGGGAUAUACUUUCCGUGAUGGCAAAAGCAAAGGGUUUGGAAAUUCCAUUUGUCCCCAUGGCUUUGCCAACUAAAGUUCUAAGUGCCCACCGUAAAUCGCUGAAUCUUGUUGAUUCUCCUCAGCCACUCCUAAAAAAGGCCCCCGAAGAUGACUUCCGGUUUCCCAGAGAUGACCACGGCAACGUAGACUGUGAGAAGCUGGCUGAGCAGCUAAAAGAUUGUUCGAACCUACAGGACCAAGCGGACAUUCUGUACAUUCUGUAUGUAAUAAAGGGUCCUGGCUGGGACACAAAUCUCUCUGGACAGCAUGGGGUCACUGUUCACAACCUCCUCAGCGAGCUCUAUGGAAAAGCUGGCUUGAACCAGGAGUGGGGUCUGAUCCGCUACAUCUCUGGCCUACUCAAGAAGAAAGUGGAGGUUCUGGCUGAGGCCUGCACGGACCUGCUGUCGCACCAGAAGCAGCUCACGGUGGGCCUGCCGCCAGAACCCCGGGAGAAGACCAUCUCUGCGCCUCUUCCCCCCGAGGAGCUCACAGAACUCAUCUACGAAGCCAGCGGGCAGGACAUCAGCAUCGCCGUCCUCACACAGGAGAUUGUGGUUUACCUGGCCAUGUAUGUCAGGGCACAGCCCAGCCUCUUCGUGGAGAUGCUCAGGCUCCGGAUUGGACUCAUCAUUCAGGUGAUGGCCACGGAGCUGGCGCGGAGCCUGAACUGUUCAGGAGAAGAAGCUUCUGAAAGUUUGAUGAACCUCAGCCCUUUCGAUAUGAAAAAUCUCCUACACCAUAUUUUAAGUGGAAAAGAGUUUGGUGUUGAAAGAAGCGUGCGGCCUAUCCAUUCCUCCACGUCCAGCCCUGCCAUCUCCAUCCAUGAGGUGGGACAUACUGGAGUCACCAAAACCGAGAGGAGUGGCAUCAACAGGCUGAGGAGUGAGAUGAAACAGAUGACUAGGCGAUUUAGUGCUGAUGAACAGCUCUUUUCUGUGAGCCAGGCCCCAUCCGGCAGCGCCCGCUCCUCCGAGUCUGUGAGGUCCAGCACCCCAUCCUCACCCACGGGCACGUCAUCGUCAGACUCAGGUGGGCAUCACAUCGGCUGGGGGGAGCGGCAGGGCCAGUGGCUGCGCAGGAGAAGGCUGGACGGGGCCAUCAACAGGGUCCCCGUGGGAUUCUACCAGAAGGUGUGGAAGAUCCUUCAGAAGAAUUGUUCCAUCGAAAAACACAGCCUGUGGGCAGUGAGAACAAGCCCUCUAAAAAUAACUCCGACAGUCUGGCGUGUUCCAGUCCUCGUGCUGGCUUCCAGGGCAGAGCGACUUGAGUGUGUGCGCGCCGUUUUUAAUCACGUCCUGGAAUCUGACAGAAAUGUGAAAUGCGUGUUCUGCCUCCAGUGCCACGGUCUGUCCAUCGACGGUUAUGUGCUCCCAUCCUCGACGACGCGAGAGAUGACCCCACAGGAGAUCAAGUUUGCCGUCCACGUUGAGUCGGUGCUGAACCGAGUGCCGCAGCCUGAGUACCGGCAGCUGCUGGUGGAGGCCAUCAUGGUGCUGGCGCUGCUCUCGGACACGGAGAUGAACAGCAUUGGGGGCAUCAUCCAUGUGGACCAGAUCGUGCACAUGGCCAACCAGCUGUUCCUGCAGGACCAGAUGUCGAUCGGUGCCACGGACACGCUGGAGAAGGACCAAGCCACGGGCAUUUGCCACUUCUUUUACGACAGUGCUCCCAGCGGGGCUUACGGGACAAUGACCUACCUAACGAAGGCAGUGGCUUCUCAUUUGCAGGAACUGCUGCCCAAUUCAGGCUGCCAGAUGCAAUAGGGCCUCGGUGCUCUGAGUCUGUCACUUUCUCAUGGGAACUUUCUUGUGUUCCCCAAGAGCCCCUGUGCUGUCACAAAAGCAUUUCCCAUCAGAAGCACUGGCAGGGAGGAGAUGGCAGCGACACACCUGAAAGCAGUAUACGUCCAAGCCGCAGAAUCCUGUGCCCGCCCCGAGGAGCACCCUGGAAUCAUCGUCUUAAACUUUCCAGCAAAAUGAAUGUGUCACAGCAUCUGGUCUCCUGGAGUCUGAGGAGGUAUCGGAAAUUGGUCUCUUCUGAGUGCAGAGUGAAGGGAGAAGGCAGCUUAAGUUGGCUUUCGCAGAGUUACCGAACAGGUUCAAUGAGCUAGUAACACAUCUUCAAGAUGGAAAGAUCCUUCCAGCAGCUGCGGACCUUGACAAGGGGCACAUCUUAACAGGGUACAGUCUGUCUGUGGGUCAAAAUGUUUGUUUAGCAAAUAGAACAACAACUUACUCUGCAGA